AUGUUAAAAAUUAUUAUCCCUACUCUAAUAUUAAUCCCACUAACAUGACUAUCAAAAAACAACAUAAUCUGAAUCAACACCACAGCCUACAGCCUGCUAAUUAGCCUUAUCAGCCUACCACUCCUAAACCAAUUUAACGAAAACAGUCUCAAUAUAUCCCCAAUAUUCUUUUCUGACCCCCUAUCAGCACCUUUACUAGUACUAACCACAUGACUGCUUCCACUCAUGAUCAUAGCCAGUCAACACCACCUAUCCAAAGAACCCCCAGCCCGAAAAAAACUUUACAUUACAAUACUAGUUAUACUCCAAACAUUUCUAAUCAUAACCUUUACCGCCACAGAACUAAUCUCCUUCUAUAUCCUAUUUGAAGCAACACUAAUUCCAACACUAAUUAUUAUUACUCGAUGAGGUAACCAAACAGAACGACUAAACGCGGGCUUCUACUUUUUAUUUUACACACUAACAGGAUCACUCCCACUCCUAAUUGCACUAACCCACAUCCAAAACCUUACAGGCACACUAAACCUUCUACUAAUCCAAUAUUCAACCCAAACAUUACCCAACUCCUGAUCUAACGCUUUCCUAUGAUUAGCAUGCAUAAUAGCAUUCAUAGUAAAAAUACCCCUAUACGGCCUUCACCUCUGACUACCCAAAGCACACGUUGAAGCCCCUAUUGCUGGUUCCAUAGUACUAGCAGCCAUCUUACUAAAACUAGGAGGUUACGGAAUGCUACGGAUCACAAUAAUUCUCAACCCCUUAACAAGCUACAUAGCUUACCCAUUUCUUAUCCUAUCCCUGUGAGGGAUAAUUAUAACCAGCUCAAUCUGCUUACGCCAAACAGACUUAAAAUCACUUAUCGCAUACUCCUCCGUCAGCCACAUGGCUCUAGUAAUCGUAGCCGUUCUUAUCCAAACACCAUGAAGCUAUAUAGGAGCCACGGCCCUAAUAAUCGCCCACGGCCUCACAUCGUCAGUACUAUUUUGCCUAGCAAACUCAAAUUACGAACGAACCCACAGCCGAACCAUAAUCCUAGCUCGAGGACUACAAACGCUCCUCCCACUAAUAGCCAUGUGAUGACUACUAGCAGGCCUGACCAACCUAGCCUUACCCCCAACAAUCAACCUCAUCGGAGAGCUGUUUGUAGUAAUAUCAUCAUUCUCAUGAUCCAACAUCACUAUUAUCCUCAUGGGAACUAACAUCAUCAUCACUGCCCUAUACUCCCUCUACAUACUAACCACAACACAACGAGGUAAAUACACCCACCACAUCAACAAUAUCAAACCAUCAUUUACACGAGAAAAUACACUCAUAGCCCUCCAUCUCUUACCUUUAUUGCUCCUAUCGCUCAACCCUAAAAUCAUUCUAGGAACCCUAUACU